AUGGCAACAGCUGGACGACUACCAGCGGUAUUUGCUUGUUGGCUUUACCGACACGUCCGCCUUCCUACUGCGAACCUGAGAACGGGCGCCGACGUUAGUUCAAAAGGGUUGUGGGAUUACCCAGCUACCAUCACAGAUCCAAGUAUUGCAAAACAGGUCUCUCAAUUCGGCCCUGGCGGACCUUUCUCCAGCAGCACCACUGCCACUAUCAUCAAUGAUUUCGGUAGCCGUCAGCAAAUGGUAUGGUUCAUGACCUGGGCUACGAAGUGGUCGCAAUCAUCCAACUUCCUCACUCGAUGA